AUGACCGAUUCAACGCCUGCUGCUACUGCUGCAGCUGCUGCAGCGAGCCCUAUAAGGAGAGCAGCAGCAGCUGCAGCAGCAGCAGCAGCAAACACAACACAAGCAGCCCUGCGGCUGCUGCCAUUCAUAAUCCCCUACGAAGCAACAGAUCAGCAGCAGCAGCAGCAGGAUCAGCAGCGGCAGCAGCAGCAGCAGCAGGAUCAGCAGCAGCAGCAGCAGCAGCAGCAGCAGCAGCAAGUGUCUGAGACGAAUGUAUGGGUGGAUAGACUGCAAGGAGUGCGGCAGCGUAUUGCAGCAGCAGCAGAAGCAGCAGCAGAAGCAGCAGCAGCAGCAGCAGGAGAACCGGCAGCAGCAGCAGCAGCAACAAUUGCCUCGCUGCAGCGCCGCAGCCUGGAGAUUGCUGCUGCUCUUCCUUCAGAGAUAGGUAACUGCAGCGUGAGGUGUACAUGCAGCAGCAGCAACAGCAGCAACAGCAGCAGCACCAGAAAGGACCAGCAAUUCUGUCAUGUGCCUUUUGCUGCUGCUGUUGCUGCAGCAGCAGCAACAACAGCAGCAGAAGAAGAAGCAUUCUCUGUGCUGCAUGCAGACAUCCUUGACCUAAAGUUCCAUUGGUGGCGAUCUGUUGCUGCUGCUUGGCAGCAGCAGCAGCUGCCCUUGCUGCAGCAGCAGCUGGCACUCAUGCAGCAGCAGCAGCAGCAGCAGCAACAGCAGCAGCAGCAGCAGCAACAUGCAUAUGCAGCAUGGGUCAACUGUCUCACUACAGCAACAGCAUCCUUCAUGCCCACUGCCCGUGAACUAUUGCCAGCAGCAGCAGCAGCAGCAGACCCUGCACAGCAGCAGCAGCAGCAGCAGCAGAUGGGGCGUAAGGCCCUAUGGCAGUGGCUGUGGGGCGCAGGGGAGGCGUUAGGGUUUUGCUGCAGCAGCAGAUUUGCUGCGCUGCAGCUGCUAGAUGCGUAUGCUGCUCAUCCUUCCUUCCCCUUCAAGUGUACCUGCAGCAGCAGCAGCAGCAACAGCAGCAGCAGCAGCAGCAGCAGCAGCAGCGGUGACGGGUGCGAGUGCUGCAGCAACAGAGAGUUAGCUCUUUGCUCUACUGCUGCUUUGCUGCUUGCUGCUGCGCUGCGCUGCCAUUGGCAAGACAUUGCUGCUGAUCAGUAUCUGCAGCAGCUGCUGCUGCAGCUGCAGCAGCAGCAGCAACAGCAACAGCAGCAGCAACAGCAGCAGCAGCAACAGCAGCAGCAGCAAUUCUUUACUGUAGAUGAUGUAAUCAUGGUACAAGCAGAUAUGCUGCAGCUGCUGCAGCCGCCGCUGCUGCUGUCGCAAACAGCAGCAGAUUGUGUCUUGCUGCUGCUUGCUGCUAUUCGUCAAUUCCCUCUGCUGCUGCAGCAUACACCACAAGCUUAUGCAACUGCUGCUGCUGCUGCUGCUGCAGCAGCAGCAGAAGCAGCACCAAGUGGUGUCUCUAACGCCGCGUGGCAUUCGCCUAUGCAGCACGACCACCAGCAACAGCAGCAGCUGCAGCUGCAGCAGCAGCAGCACGGAUUCCUUGUCUCCGCCCCCGACAGCAGCAGCAGCAGCAGCAGCAGCAGCAAGGGUUGGCGUCCUAACCCGAAUCAACAGCAGCAGCAGCAGCAGCAACAGCAGCAGCAGCAGCAGCAGCAGCAGCAGGAGCUAGAGGGGCAAGAAAAUGUAUGGCCGCAAUUCUUUAAUACAGCAGCAGCAACAACAGCAGCAGCAACAGCAGCAGCAGCAGCAACAGCAACUGCAGCAGCAGCAACAACAACCGCUUUUGGGGAUCUUUCCUUUCAUAGAGGUGCUGCACAGCAGCAACUGCAGCAGCAGCAGCAGCAGCAGCAGCCGCAACAGCAGCAGCAGCACGACCAAUGCCCGCCGCCAAAGGGUUUAUAA